CAGAUAGUCGACAGCUCCAUCUCUGGUGGAACUUAUGUUUUGGAACAGGGUAGAGCAGAAAUACACGAACUUCGGAGGCGUUGUAGUCUUUGUUGUCGUUUGUCUCUUUUCUUAGAAUUUUUUGACCACGGUAUUUGUUACUAAGUGCACGGGAAUGAAAAAGAACCCAUGUUUUCCUGGUGAUGCUAGCUAUGGACAGUGAUUACCGUCUGUGCGCCACCAUAAUCUAAGCCAGCAAUGAGGGGGAAGUGGACUGAAUGCAUGCUGAUUACUUUCUCUACCAACACCGCUUUUUGCAGGGACAGAAUAUAUAUAAAAAAUGUUGAAUGGACUUUUUUAUAUAACAUUAUAUAAGGACAGCUGUAUUUUUCUGAAUAUAUUUUUCCUGAGUCUUCGAUUUUCUUCAUCUGGUUUUAUUGCUUAGACGUGCAGAGCCUCCAUGAAACAAGGUUUUUUUUUAUAUGAGGAAGCAAUUUAUUACAGAGAUAACAAAAAAGAGGCCUUUCCGUGUUCAGGCCCGGAUUUGAGUUCAAUUAGGGAAAAAUGGUGAAAAACCCAAAUGGAUAAAUGAUGGAUAUCGUCAUCUUUUUUGGAAUAAAAUAGGAGUGACAUUGCUUUCGAUAACGAUUCAAGAAUGAAUGCACGAGUGCAAGUUUGAUACAUCAACAAAAAAGAGCGAGUUAACCUGCUACUUUUCUUCCUGCUACAAUCACUAAAUAUAUUUAAUCAAACAAAGGGAACUGAGACUGUUUUGGGAAUUUACAGGAUGUUUUUUAAGUGCAUUUCGUGUUGCUUUUUUAUUGCAAUUUGAGCUGAACCGAGCAUUGACUGUUCAAUGGAAGUAUGUUAUCAGUUACCGGUUUUGCCUCUAGACAGGCCGGUUCCUAAACAUGUUCUCAGCCGUAGAGGAGCCAUUAGCUUCAGUUCCAGUUCGUCUCUUUUUGGUGGACCUGCCCCAAGACAGCUGUCCAAGAGACGAGGCGCAAUCUCCUAUGACAGCGAGGAUCAGACAGCACUCUACAUUCGCAUGCUUGGUACGUAUGGAGAUGUGAGAGUCAGAAGUCAGUUGGGCUUUGAACAAGAGCGAAGAGGGUCCCAUCCGUAUUUGUAUGUCGAUUUUCGUAUUUUGCACUCCCGACCUGAGUCUGCAGGACCUGUGUCUGCCAGGAAUGUCCGCAGGCUGCUGAGCUUUCAGAGGUACCUCAAUUCGUCACAGUUCCUCCGUGGCAUCCCUGCCUCUGACCCACUAAGUUACAUCCUUGAUGAUGACUACACUGGUCAAGCCAAGUUAAUGCUCGAGAAGGUUGGAAACUGGAACUUUGACAUUUUCCUUUUUGACAGACUUACAAAUGGGAACAGCCUUGUCAAUCUGACAUUUCACUUAUUCAACAGUUACGGGUUAAUUGAGCUCUUCCAGCUGGACAUGGUUAAACUUCGACGAUUUUUAGUCAUGAUUCAGGAGGACUAUCGCAGCCAGAACCCGUACCAUAAUGCGGUCCACGCUGCGGACGUGACUCAAGCCAUGUAUUGUUACCUGCAGGAGCCCAAGCUUGCUCAGACGCUGACCUCUUGUGAUCUACUGCUUGGUCUCUUGGCUGCUGCCACCCAUGAUCUAGACCAUCCGGGUGUCAACCAGCCUUUCCUCAUCAAAACAGACCAUUACCUAGCAGCACUGUACAAGAAUAGUUCUGUUUUGGAGAAUCACCACUGGAAGUCAGCUGUGGGCCUGCUCCGAGAAUCAGCCCUGCUGUCCCACCUCCCCACUGAGGACAGAUUAAGCUUGGAGGAGAGGCUUGGAUCAUUGAUUUUGGCCACAGACAUCAGCAGGCAGAAUGACUACCUGUCAGAGUUCAGGUCACACUUAGACAAGGAAGAUCUAUGCCUCACUAAUGGAGGACAUCGACACUUUAUCCUUCAGAUGGCUCUGAAGUGUGCAGACAUCUGCAACCCCUGCCGACCAUGGAAACUCUGCCAGCAGUGGAGUGAAAAAGUUACAGAAGAGUUCUUCCACCAAGGUGACAUAGAAAGGAAACACAAUCUUGAAGUUACCCCACUCUGUGACCGGCAGUCCAACUCUAUAGCCAAUAUACAGAUUGGUUUCAUGUCAUAUGUGGUGGAGCCUCUGUUUUUGGAGUGGUCACGAUUCUCUGACACCCGAUUGUCCCAGACCAUGUUGGGCCAUCUGAGCCUGAACAAGCAGGGCUGGAAGGAGGGCAGGGACAAACCGGACGCUACGAAUAGUAGGGCCUCAGAGGAACAGAGAACUUCUGUCGCCAAGGACUCAAACUCCAGAGUAUUACCUCAGGGAAGCAAAGGGUCAUGACACUUCAAGCAUGACUGGGCACCCACCAUGAAGGGGGAGAGAGAGCAUCAGGGAGUGUUGAGAAUCUCUGCAUCGAACAGAAACUACAUUACCCAGCACUCGCUGUUCCACAGCACCUCGGAUCCCUCGCUCCCCAUCUAAGUUAACCACUGUUUUUGUUUUCUCAAGUAAUUUAACUUAAUUUAUUGAAUUUGGACCCUUUAGUUUAACAUAGAGCAAUACAUAGAUACCUCAUGUUGCUUCUGCUGUAUUUUGUUUAUUUUUUAUUUUAUUUAUUUUUUUACUGUAGUUCUGCUCCGAUAUUACUAAUUUGACACACCACCCUUUCCAUGCAGAAUUGAAGGGACUGUUUUCAAAAAGGCCCUUCAGAUAAAAGUGCCAUUGGCAAACAUUGUUUUAAUGCUUUGAAAGUUAGGAAACCUUGUAUUCAGAUAGAGUUCAUGUUUGAAUGAUUGAGACAGGAUUCGGUGAGAUGCUGCAUUUUCGACUGAAAGUAAUACUUCCUUGUACAAGAAAUAUUGUGAACCCACUUCACUGCUGCCUCUGAAGACUGUUUACAAAGUGUGUAUUUUGUUAUAUUUUACAAAUGAAACGCUGGUUCUGUAAAAGGAAAUGCACAUACUGUAUGUGAAUAACCACUCGCAUGAAAUACUUGUCCUGUCAACAACUUACUGAACAAACGUCUGAUUGCAGAUCAACACACCAAAUGCCAUGAAUGGACUUUCAUCGGUCCGUUUGUUGCUCCUUGCACUGUGAACUAUAAGGUUUUGUAUGACCCAUGAGUCAAUCAGCUCAGAGACUACUAGCUACUAAGUUUAUUCUGGAUGUGGUAUGAAAUCAGUGUCUUUGUUGACCGAUAUGUUGUAGGGGGUUAGGGGAUAUAACCAUAGCCUAAUAACAAUGUUUCGUAAGGGGGAAAGGGGGCAAGCAUGUGGCCUUAACAUAAUUUCAUCACUACCACUCUUCCAUACUAGUAACAGAUGACCUGAGUUAAGAGUGAGUUGAGGUUAUAAAUAAUAUGACUACUUCUUCAAAAUUAAGACACCAUUGACAUCUUGCCUGUGGUUGGGUUGUGCCAUGACAAAAAAAAUAUUAUUUUUGUUUGACAAGUGAAACCCUUUCUUGAAUGCAAACAAGCAACUUUGAAGACUGGCAAUAUAUGCCGUAAAGCUAUGCACAAAACUAAGUGACCAAACCAGCUUUUUUUUGUAAGGUGGAUCAUCUCUCAAUUCAUUGUCUAACUGUUUGCCUCUGGUGUGAAAGGAAAUUACUUGGCGUUAGUACAUUGGGCAGUGACUCAGUCAUAACAUGAAACAUUCCAUAUUUAAUUUGUUUUUGGUAUUGUUUUUGCGUUCUUUACACAAGGCACAAUUGUGUCUCUGGUUGGACUUUCAGUAUAUUGAAUGAAAACCGGUGCUUUUCAUAUUAUGGCAAAAAAAGGUGUAUUUUCUGGUAACUAUUGCAAGACUGUUUGACUUUGAUAUAACUGUUUACCAUUUCAAUGUAAGUAAUUCUUGGGUAGGAACUUGCAUGGCAAGCUAUUUUGUGAAAAGCUUUGCCAAAUUGAUAUUUUGAUACAUUGCAGUUACAUUAAUAAAAUAACGUGUCACACGGUU